AUGGUGGAUGCUGAUGAAGUUUAUGAUGUCGAAAUGUAUAACAUCCUAAAAGAAAACCCAAUAUUUUACCACUGUCAUGAGUAUACAAUAAUCAAAGGUUUAUCUCCAAGCAAAACAUAUUCACAAGAUUGCUUAUCUGGCAUGAAAAUACUCGAUCUUGCAUGUGGGCAAGGCCGAGAAAUAGGCCAUCUACUAGAAAAAGGCGCCCAAGAGGUCAUUGGGCUCGAUAUUUCACAAGAAAUGGUCGAAACUGCAAAAAAAUUAUUAUCACACAUAGAAUUCCCAGGUCGCAAGUUUUCAGUAUAUAGAGCAGACUGUUUUUCCUCACAAGAAGUCCUAUCAGUUUUACCUUUAUCCGAAUACCAAUGCUAUUUUGAUGCAAUUUCAGCGUUUUGACUGCAUUGCUGUGCUCAAAAUUUAGAACGGCUAAGCGAAGGCUUUCUUUUAUGCAAUAAAUUACUUAAGCUUGGAGGAGAAAUGGCAUUUAUUACAGCGAAUCCUAGAGUUGCUACAGAAUAUGAAACAUUUAGAGAGCUCACAAGCCACGAUUUUUUCGCUAUAUUAAAAAAUCCUGGCAAUUCUAAUGGAAUUCCUACUUCUGAAAUUGCGUUUGUGGACCUACAAACCAGAGAGGAAAAAUUCGUUUUGAUAGCGUAUAUAGCUUAUACUCGGUAAUAAUCGAUUAUAUAAAAUGAUCCUUCGCCUUGCGCCACUGUUUUAUUAGGCAUGCUUUAACUGUAAAUAGAUAAUUUCUUUUUAAUUGGGGAUUUUUUAAGUAAGCAGGCGGAAUUCUAUUUUAAAAAAUAAAAUUUAUGUGUAAUAAUGGUCUAUUAAAAGGGAAGAGGUAUAUUUAUUCUUUGGAGCAGUUUUCUAUGGUAUUAGGGGAUAAUGGAUUUGAGAUGGUAGAGUCUAGUGGAUUUGAAGCAAACCCUGAGUUUAAUUUAAAUGGAUUUUCAGAGCAGUUUCGGGCUUUGAUAUGCGGAGAGUACUCAGAGGGGUAUUAUAUAAAGGCCAGAAAAGUCAUCAAUAAAUAG